AUGGAAGCAGAUGGGCAGAACAAUCAGCCGACAUGCACCGAAGGCGAAAAUCUAAGUUCUCAGGCUCCCAACAUCAGCUCAGCUCCAGAAGAAACCGCUGACGCUGUCAGCAAUGGUGGGGACUCUGAGACAAACCAGGAGCUUGUGGAAGUUAAAAUUAUUUGGAACAAGAAUAAAUAUGAUCUGAAGCUCCCUUUGGAUAGCACAGGAGCCAGCCUUAAACAAAAGAUCCAUUCACUAACAGGUAUCUUGUUGUAUUAUUAUCUGGAUGUUACCUGAUCCUAAUCUUGAAACUGGAGUAUGGGUUUUGACACAAACACUUGUUGAACACAAGUCACACACUGCAUUACAAACCUACAAACACUGAUUCAGUACCUAGAGUAUUUACUUUUUAAACGUGACCUUUCACCUGUUAUAACUUCAUAUUAAUCCAUAGAGAAUGGCCAUGUUUGAUAGAGCAGAAUUUCCCUCCACCAAUUAAAUAUUGUUUAGAGUAGCAGUGUCUGCUUUUUCAGCAGCUGUUGUUAAACAACAAUUCCCAUAAUCCUUAGGCAGCUAGUUACCAAUAAAAUGUUUAUUUAGGGUGUGAGAGGUAUUUCUCGAUCAUGGAUAAAACUAUUGGCAAUCUCUGACUUAGACAUACUUGGAAUGAAGGGGCUGUGGUCUCAGAAUUGUGGCAAAGCACCAGAGUUUGUACCUUUUGAGGUGUUACGUACGGCAAGCAAAGUCUCAUUGCUGAAGACUGCUUCCAAAAUCUGAGCCACUGCUGGUUUUUAAUUAGGAAAGAUUUCAGAAGCAUGAAUUUUUUUUUGUAGUCCUUAAUAUUUAUGUACUUUAAAUUUAGUCCCAUUAGUUUUCAUGUGUACAAAAAAAAAACAAAAAAACAACUUUAAACCUGACCGAAACUUUGGUUUGUCAAACCAAUUGUUAAUAAAUGUGAGAAUGCAGACAUUUGUCUGUAUUGUGGAACACAACCUUCUCUGCUUAUAAAAAGGAGAGAGAUCUUAUAUGAACAAUGUAUUAUUAUCUGUACAAAUCUAUAUGAAAAUAAUUCUGGUCUAAUUGGUUUCAUGCCUAGGCCCUCAAACAACAAAAAAGAUGAUUUAAAGCCAUGACAGUGGUGUGACUCCGUCACAUAGAGAUAUUUAACUCACCACUUGCCUAUCCCUGAAAUACAUCCUGGCAUUUCUUCCAUGUAAAUUCCAGUUGGCUUCAGAUCUUAAAGGGUUAUUUACUAAAGUAUGUAUUGUCUGGAAUUCAUGGUGAAGUUAAAGGACCACUAUAGUGCCAAGAAAACAUACUCGUUUUCCUGGCACUAUAGUGCCCUGAGGGUUCCUCCACCCUCAGGGACCCCCUCCCGCCCGGCUCUGGAAGGGGGAAAGGGGUAAUAACUUACCUUUUUCCAGCGCUGGGCGGGGAGCACUCCUCCUCCGAUCCUCCUUCUCUCCUCCCCAUCGGCUGCAUGCGCGGCAAGAGCUGCGUGCGCAUUCAGCCGGUCACAUAGGAAAGCAUUCAUAAUGCUUUCCUAUGGACGCUGGCGUGCUCUCACUGUGAAAAUCACAGUGAGAAGCACGCAAGCGCCUCUAGUGGCUGUCAAUGAGACAGCCACUAGAGGCUUUGGGAAGGCUUAACCCAUUAAUAAACAUAGCAGUUUCUCUGAAACUGCUAUGUUUAUAAAAAAAAAUGGGUUAACCCUAGAAGGACCUGGCACCCAGACCACUUCAUUAAGCUGAAGUGGUCUGGGUGCCUAGAGUGGUCCUUUAAGAUUUAAGGUGAAUUUAAUCCGCCAACAUCCUAGUCAACCGGCAAACACCUCAGCUCGCCCAUGAGACAUUAAUAAUGUUGUGCCAUUCACUCAGAGACAAACAGCGGGACAUGACUGAUGGAAUGUGUGGCUAUAAAACGUUUCUCUGUGACUCCCUGUCGGCAGUCACAAUGUCAUAUACAGUUAUUUUGCAUUUUUCUCUAUUGUAGAUUAUUUUUAGUUUAUCCAUUAUAAUUUUAUUUUACAGGGUUUCCCCUUCUUCACAAUUGUGUUUGUUGUUUUUGGAAUAAAAAAAAAAAAGAUUAAACAAGAUUUAAAAGUAUCACUUUCAUCCCUUUUUCUUCAGGUCUUCCACCAGCUAUGCAGAAAGUUAUGUUUAAGGGACUCGUUCCUGAAGAUAAAACACUACGGGAGAUCAAAAUGACCAAUGGUGCAAAAGUCAUGGUUGUGGGGUCCACGAUCAAUGAUGUACUGGCUGUGACGACCCCUAAAGAGACUAUUCAGCAAGAAGUUAAAGAAGAGGAAACCAAGAAGGAGCCUUUGUGCAGACAGAAGGUACUUGCCAUUUUCUACUGUUUCAUCUGAUGGCUAAAGAGUAGCGCAGUGAAAGAACACCUGUCUAAUAUCUUCAUGGGCAUUAUUACUACAUUCUUUAGUUGCCAGGAUGUCACCUCCUGAAAUGUACAAUACAAUAAAAAACCUUUUCAUCUAAUUGACGUGAUCUGGGUGACCUGGCCCCUUAGCCCUGCAGCUGCAAACACUGCAGUGUUAGAGAAACUGCUGUUUACAAUGCAGUGCUGAGACUGGCUCUAGUGCAGUGUUUCCCAACCUAGUACCCAGGGACCACGAACAGUCCAGGUUUUGUCAGUAUCUCCAUAGGAAUAAAAAAGGGAAAUGCAUAAAUCCUGGACUGUGUUGGGAAACACUGCUCUAGUGGAUGUCUCCCAGACGUCUUCUAAAACGCCAUUUAAAAAAAAAAAAAAAGCAUUGUCAGUGCUUUCCUGUGGGGAAGGCCUAAUAUGCACAUGUUGUUCACCACGCUUGCUUAUUAGAUUUCCCUCCUUCCCUCAUCAGCCGACGUUGGAGGAGGAGGAGUCUGACCCAUUGCUGGAAUCAGGUGUUUAAGGGUUUUUUAGCACUUUACUUGCCACCGGGUGGGAGGUAUGUGGGGGUGGGUAAAGAGGUAAAUUUUAGUCUUAGAAAUAUAUGUUUGUAUUGCUAACACUAAAGUUUGCCUUUAAUGUAAUUGUUUCCCAUUGAUUUGCAUAGAUCCUUGGAUCAAUAAUCUCUGAUUUUUAACAAGCACAGCUUGUGUUCAUGCAAGUCCUUCAUUCAUUUAUCAGUUGGCAUUGCCAAUGUUGAAAAUUUGAUGACGAUACAGAGGUUAUUUUAAUUUCAUAUGUAUUGAAGCAAUGGGAAUCAAAGGGUGCAUGAGCUGUAGACCUCUUCUUGCUCAAGUAUAGAAUCAUUCCAUAAAACAGUAAUUUUGCACAUCGUCAUCACUCCAUAUGAACUAUGAUCAACCACUGAUUUACAGUUGCAGACCCUUCAAACUGUAAGCCAAGAGUACCGAAUGAUACAUUUAACUCUUUUUCUCCAUUAACUGAUCUUACGGUUUAUUUUGUUCUUUUUAUUAUCUAAUUGUACAUCAGCUCUUUAAACAUAUGAUUUAAAAAAAUCUUGCCUGUUUUGCAGCAACAUCGAAAGGUACUGGACAAAGGCAAGCCUGAUGAUGUGAUGCCAUCAUUGAAAGGAGUGCAGGUAAUUCCAUCUGCUUGUUGCAUAUCCUGAUUCUCAGCUAACCACCCAAUAAAAUAUUUCAAGUGAAACUUUUUUCCUCUAUGUUCUUCUUUGUUGGAAUUUAUAAAUACAAAACAUACAUAGAAGAUUAUGAAAUAAUUUUGUGUAAAGGAACACAGGGUAUCCUCUGUCAACAAUUUAUAUUCCUAGACACAUUAAACAACUAACUGCUAUUUUAAACUAAAAGAUAAAGACAAUACAACAUAUUUUCUCCUUUUUCAUAUCUUACCUUUAAAGAGGUGAGCGAUUCCAGAAGAACAAUAAUAGUACACAAAACAAAAUUGCGGUGAGUCUACAAACCGAUAUACAGUGAGAUCCAACAGGAGACAUUGUGUCUCCUACAUAGUCUCCAUAACAUUAGGAAAGAGCAGAGAAGAGGCGAUCAUGGGUUGUUCACAAAAUGCGCAGGGAGAACCACCAUAGAAACUUGCUCAGAGAUGAUCUAGUUUUUUUAAUCCAUUUGUCCCAAAGACCAGUGGAAAGCAGCUUUAUAUGAGAGGGAAUUAAAAUACCUUUUUCCAUCUUGAGUUGGAAAUUAAGUUGAGCUUUUAUUAUUUGCCACUCUGGUUUAUUAAAGUUUUAAUACUUUCUUGCGAAGAAUAAUUCACUGCUGUCAAUGUGUGUAUUAGUAAUUUUAAAUACAUUUCAUUAAUGUGUGGUAGAUUAAGGCACUAUAGUGCCAUUUCUGGUAUGAAGACUAAAUUAUAAUCCAGUAGUUUUAAUUUCAGCAAAAACCUCCAUUCAGGUCUCUUUGAUGGUAGGGCAGGUCAACCGUAUGUGGAGAAAACCCGCAUCUUGGGCACCACAUCUCCAGCAAACUUGCAAAGUGAUUUUUUUGCUUUUUUAAUUAUUUUUUGUUUGUUUGUUUAGAAGCUUAAAAUGAAGUUCAUUCUGAUUUAAGCAGUGGAUGUUUCUAUACUACAGGCAACAAAUUACACCAUUCAUUAAAUGAGAUUGAAAUUCACAAAUCUUGUUCUCAUAUAUAGAUUGCAGAUGGAAUUGUUUGUUUUAGGAACAGAGAAUUACAAGCAGAGAUAAUAUUUUUGUUAUAUUUAUUAAUAAUUUGAUCAAAAAAACAAAUGCUAUCUGGUUCAACUUUUACAUUUUUUUUUUUAUUAUUUUUUUUAAAGGAACACGAUAGUCACCUAAAUUACUUUAGCUAAAUAAAGCAGUUUUGGUGUAUAGAUCAUUCCCCUGCGAUUUCACUGUCAUUUAGGAGUUAAAUCACUUUGUUUCUGUUUAUGCAGCCCUAGCCACACCUCCCCUGGCUAUGACUGACAGAGCCUGCAUGAAAAUAUAACUGGUUUCACUUUCAACCAGAUGUAAUUUACCUUAAAUAAUUGUAUCUCAAUCUCUAAAUUGAACUUUAAUCACAUACAGGAGGCAGGGUCUAGCAAGCUAUUAAAGGACCACUAUAGUGCCAGGAAAACAUACUCGUUUUCCUGGCACUAUAGUGCCCUGAGGGUGCCCCCUCCCGCCGGGCUGGAUGGCGAGGAAAGGGUUAAAUCUUACCUUUUUUCCAGCGCCGGGCAGGGAGCUCUCCUCCUCCGCCUCCUCUCCUCCUCUUCGGCUGAAUGCGCGGCAGGAGCUGCACGCACAUUCAGCCAGUCUCAUAGGAAAGCAUUCAUAAUGCUUUCCUAUGGAAGCUGGCGUCUUCUCACUGUGAUUUUCACAGUGAGAAGCACGCAGACGCCUCUAGCGGCUGUCAAUGAGACAGCCACUAGAGGCUUUAGAGGCUGGAUUAACCCAUUUAUAAACAUAGCAGUUUCCCUGAAACUGCUAUGUUUAUAUAUAUAUAUAUAUAUAUAUAUAUAUAUAUAUAUAUAUAUAUAUAUAUAUAUAUAUAUAUAUAUAUAUAUAUAUAUAUAUAUAAAAAAAAUAAAGUUAAUCCUAGAGGGACCUGGCACCCAGACCACUAAAUUAAGCUGAAGUGGUCUGGGUGCCUAGAGUGGUCCUUUAACAUAGCAGGGGAUAAGGAAAUCUUAAUUAAACAGAACUUGCAAUAAAGAAAGCCUAAAUAGGGCUCUCUUUACAGGAAGUGUUUAUGGAAGGCUGUGCAAGUCACAUACAGGGAGGUGUGACUAGGGUUCAUAAACAAAGGGAUUUAACUCCUAAAUGGCAGAGGAUUGAGCAGUGAGGCUGCAGGGGCAUGUUCUAUACACCAAAACUGCUUCAUUAAGCUAAAGUUGUUCAGGUGACUAUAGUGUCCCUUUAACAAACUGUAAUUCUAAGAUUAUUUUUUUUUUUUUUUUUUUUUAAUCAGUGUUUGAAAUUUUAAAGUAAGAAUUUAAUUCUUGAAAUGUUUUAACUUUAUACUUAAUCGUAAGAUAAGCCACAGUUUUUAUGCCAUUAGAUAUUCCCAAGGUUAAAUCAAUGUCCUUCAGUAAAUCAUUCAAAAAGUGUUUUGUUUUGGGGGGGCACCCUCAGCUGGAGUUUACUGAAGUUAUACAUAACACUUUGAUAAUAACUAAUAGCGCAUAACAAUAAAUCAGACAAAAUAUUAGAAGUCUCACAGGUUUAAUAAUUCAUCGGUUGUGAUGGCAUAGUAUCAGCACUAAAUAAAGACAAACGGGGGGGAGGAGGGAGACUUCAGCAUCAAAAGCAAACUUUGUGCAGAAGCAGAUUCAAUUGAGUCUCUUCGAAUCCCCUUCGAGGGACAACCUCAGAGAUUGCCCUCUUUAGGCCCACGACUUCUUAUAGUCGCAGGCAAGCAUCAACUGGCUACAGGUCCUGGUGCAGGCAAUGGCACUGUGUUCUUCCGUCGGAGCACUCCUGGCAUUCUGAGUCGUCCCUGGGGCUGUGUUGGGUUGAUUCGAUAGAAUAGCUCAGCAUUUCGUCCGUCUCUUCAGAAUCCUCUGGUUGUGGGAGCUGUGCAGGGUUCUAAGGACCCGACUAGCCCGCAGCCUGAAGCCUCAUGAAUCCAGUGCUAUUUUGUGUCACAGUCCGUGGGGACCCCAUGACCAUCCAAAACCUCCGACUCUUUGAAAUAAGCUGCAGAGGGCUAGGGUGUUGAGGCACAUUAGGUGCAGAGAAGGUAACCAGUUGCAGCCAAAAGGAUCACCACAAACAGAAUGUCUGCAGUAUAUCCAGCUCGGAAUUAGCAAGCAUAUCAGCCAUUUUGGGACAUUCAGGUAGUGCUAUGUUACGAUGGUGUCUUCAAGAGUUGACCACAUGAGAAACUUGAUCGGUCAGUUUAGGCCAGGGGGGCACUGAGCCCAGAUGAUAGCAGGACACCUCCAUACAAGGAAUCUGUUGAGACAGAACUAUCUCCUUCAGUAAGAUCAUCAAAAAGUUAGCUUAUACGGCUAUUUUUCAGAAAUAGCUUGAGGAAAUCUUGCGGCUUUCUCUCUUGGCAGUCAGGCUUCGCCUCCACAAAGAAAUUUAGGGGUUUUUUUUAAAUCUUGUACCAGAUCAACAGGUUACAGCUCAAUGAUGAAAUCUUCUUUAAGUACAUUUUUUUUUUUUUUAUUUUUUUUUUUUUAAUAGUGAUAGAUGCCAAAUUUCUGUAACAAAGUAAUCUCUUUAGUUCAAGUCUGUACCAGCUUUCUUUUUUAGAAGAUUCCUAUAGAUAUUUAAUGGCCUGUGCUAAUAGAGGUUUUGGUGAGUUUACCCAAACAGGGUAUCCCCAAUCCUCCUCUCUUUUUUUUUUUUUUUUUCACAAUAGUUUUAAACUAAAUUUCUGGCUAGGGAAGAGACCUAGACGUACUAAACUUCGCAAUUAACUCAUGUUAAUUUAGGCAAGACCAGGGUAUUAAUCCUGCCCCACCAGGAAAAAUCUUUAUUUUUCCAAAUGUUUUAAUUAAUAUUUGAUUAAUGGUAAGACCUCGAUCUCUAGCCAUUUUUGAUGAUUUGUAGAUAUCUUCAUAUCUUAAUAAGUAAAACCUUCUUUGACCCAAAGAAAACCAAAUCUUUUGGCGAUGGCUAAUCUCAUCUGUGUAUUCAUAAACCUAGCAAGAGCUAUUGAUUUUAGAAGGGUUUAACUUAUAAUUAAAAGAUUUACAAUAUUUGUCUAUUACCCUCAUUAGUUCCUCAGCAGAAGUUACAGGGCGUUUCAUAAUUAUCAAUAUGUCAUCUGCAUACAAUUACAUUUUUAUUUCUACAUUGUCUUUUAAAGCCCUUUAUUUUUUUCAUUACAUCUGAUGUCUAUAGCUAAUGGCUCUAUAGUUAAAAUAUGAAGCAGUGGCAAUAGCAGACAGCUUUGCCUUGUUCCGUUUGCUCAAUUGAACCAGUUUGAAUCAAUUCUGUAAUUAUUUUACCUGACUGGUUUGAGUACAAGGCCAUAAUAACUUUAAAAAAUUCUUCCUGUAAAACCAAAGAACUUCAAUAUGUCUGCCAUAAAAUCCCAUCUAACCCUGUCGAAGGCUUUUUCUGCAUUCAAUGAUUGGGUCAGCAGGGGAAUCCUCUACUUUAUUUGACAUUUUUAAAUAUGUUCAUCAAAGUUCUAAUAGGGCUAUUGGAAGAGAUAAAGCCUACUUGAUCUAUGUGAUCAAUCAGAUAUAACUGUCUUCAUUCUGUUCACUAUCACUGCUACAUAUAUCUUUAGAUCUACAUUCAAAAUGGGUCUUUAGCUCUAAAUGUCUUCUGGGUUUUUAUCUUGUUUUAGAAUGGUGAUAAUGUUACCUCUUAGAUCUUUAAGCAGCAGACCUUUAUCGGCAAAUUCAUUAAAGGGUUCUAGCUAAAGCCUUACGCAAAAUAUUUCUCAAAGGCUUCAGCUAUUUUAUCAGGAGAUAGACAGACAGAUCUCAUUGUCAUAGACUAUUUUAGAUCUUGUUUUUGAUUUGUUCAUUUUCCUGAGUUCAUUCGUCAAGAGGCUAUUUGCUUUGUUGCAUUUAUUAUACCAUCUAAAAGAUUAUUAUUUUUUUUUUUUUUUCUAGAGAUCCGUUUAUUUUAAUUCUUAGCUAGUCGUUAUUUUUCCUAUAUAAAUCUUUUUAUGCCUUCAGUUUCAUUGUAUUACUGGAUGGUUUUGAUUUAUUAAUUUUAGUAUGUUUUGCAAGUUCAAUAUAAAGUUCUGAAAUACUCUUUUCUCCAAAAGAUUCAUUUUGUGUUGCCAGUUUUAUGAAAUUACCCCUCGUGACACAUUGUAAAGCUGCCCAGAUAACUGAUGGUGAAGAAUCAAGUUUUAGAUUUUCUUUGUAUAACGAUGUAUUUUUCAUUCUAUAUUUUGUGGCACCUCUAGUAAAAAAUAUUUUAAUUGCCCCUGAGGUCUUGUUUGAUUUGUUCAUUGCAAACAGAGGGAAGUCUAAAGGAAUUGUAAAUUUUGGCAAUAAAUCAGAUUUUCAAUGGGGUCUGAAUAAUUUCGAUUACAAUUGAAUUUUUGGGUAUAACACAGUUAAAGUCAAAUAACUGAGCCUUGUUUUAUCUUAACCAACUUCUCGCAAAAACUUAGAAACCAAAUUCAUUGGUAAACUAUUGGGUGCAUAUAUGUCUUGCAAUGUGUAGGCGAUUUUAAUUUAUAUCACAAAUCACUGUUACGUCAACAUUCCACAUGUUUAAUCUGUAACUCUAGAUCCUUACGGAAGAAAAUAGCAACACUUCUUUUCUUUUAGUCUUUCAAGGAAGCCGAAAGAACAACAGUGUCUUAAUUGUAGAAGUAUUAGUGAGUUCUAUAUAGAAAUUAUAAAAAAAAAAAAAAAAAUUUUUAGAAAAAUUACAUAUCAGAAAAUUAGAAAAAUAAUCUACUCCCAACUUGAAAAAAACAAAACAAAACUUAAAUAUCAUCAAAAAAAAUUUGCUUACUUACACAAAAGUCUUAAUGACAUCAUUGCUGUUUUAUAUUCUGUGAAGAUUAUAAUCCAAGAGAAAACAAAUCAAUGAUUAAAUUCUAUGUAUAUUCCAAUGCCACUGCAUCAUUUUCUCUAUCUAGAAGAAGUCCAAGUAAAUGUUAACAUUAAACUAUAUAAACAUACAUUGUGAGCUGAGCAGGCAGCUGAUACACUCAGCCAAUCACUGCUUCCCAUUUCUGUUCAGGGUAAUGCUGGGCAGACAGCUGAUACACUGCGCCAAUCACUGCUCCCCAUUUCUGCUCAGGCUACUGCUGAGCAGGCAGCUGAUACACUCGGCCAAUCACUGCUUCCCAUUUCUGCUCAGGCUACUGCUGAGCAGGCAGCUGAUACACUCGGCCAAUCACUGCUUCCCAUUUCUGCUCAGGCUACUGCUGAGCAGGCAGCUGAUACACUCGGCCAAUCACUGCUUCCCAUUUCUGCUCAGGCUACUGCUGAGCAGGCAGCUGAUACACUCGGCCAAUCACUGCUUCCCAUUUCUGCUCAGGCUACUGCUGAGCAGGCAGUUGAUACACUCUGCCAAUCACUGCUUCCCAUUUCUGUUCAGGAUAAUGCUGGGCAGGCAGCUGAUACACUGCGCCAAUCACUGCUCCCCAUUUCUGCUCAAGCUACUACUGAGCAGGCAGCUGAUACACUCGGCCAAUCACUGCUUCCCAUUUCUGCUCAGGCUAAUAUUCCUUCAUUAGCUUGAGCUGACAAAGGGAAUCUCACUUAGCAUUUAUUCAUUAAAACUGUUGAACAAUGAAUAAAGGGUAGCCAGCGUAGCUAUUUUGACAGUCCAUUGCAUUCCCAUAGGGAAACAUUGGAAAGCUAGUGCGCGUGUGCAGCAAAUCGCUGCUCUGCGCCAAUCAUCAUCUCCUCAUAGAUGUGUUGAAUUAAUGCAUCUCUAUGGGGAGUAUUCAGCGUGUCCAAGCAAAGCCGAGUUCUGAGUGCAGAAUCUGGGAAUUCCUUUGCAGAAUUUAAAGAAAACCAUGGAGUCCUGAGAUAAAUCCAAUUAAUCAACUGUACUAUUAGUUGCUCUAAUAAUCACUGGUGAUUUUAUUGUUACAGGAACGUCUUCCCACUACCCCAAUAUCCGGUAUGUACAAUAAGUCUGGGGGGAAAGUCAGACUGACGUUCAAAUUGGAACAAGACCAGCUUUGGAUUGGUACAAAAGGUUAGUGCUUUUUAGAUCUUUACAAAUGAUUUCUUAAUUCUCUGGCAGGGCUUGUAAGUGCAGAAUGUAGAUUUUAUACGCGGUUUGUGUAGAAUCAAUUAAUCUAUGUCAGCCAGAAUCCUAAAGGAACUAACAAGAUUAGUUUACUGGCUUCACACUGGGAAACAAAUGAUUAGCGAUUUAACUAAAUAAUAGAUACAAGAUGCAUAGAUAAUGCGUCACAGCACCACAGAGAAAAAAUAGGUAUAUCUAAAUGCUGAAAGCCAAUGUGCUUCCAAUGCACGGAUUCUCUCAAGACUCACCAAAGAGCCUGACCACUUAAAGGGACAAUACAGAACACUUUAGAUUGUUGAAGUACUUUAGUUGUGAACUGCAAUCCAGGGGUUAACUGAAGCUGACGGCUAGAAGAGCAUCAUGGUUCUUUAGAGGGAUACUCUAAGCAACUUUAACUGAACUAAAUGCUGUUGGUGUAUAAUUCAUUUCCCUGCUGUUUCACUAAACAACCUAUGCUCAUUAGAUCAAGCAAAAAAAUCUAUCUACCUUGUUCUAGUAGUUUUGCUAGAAAAAUGUUUAGAUUAGGAGAAAAACCUCUUUAAAAAUAGGCAUUUCUGCCCGCUGUUAGUCAAUGCCUCGGUGUGCCAAGGCAUUGAUUUGACAAGGGAAAGCAGAAAAGCCCUCUCACAGGAGGUCCUGCCACUCUCCUAAGCGUACGUCGCAAGUGCUGUGGUUGCACAGCUGAGCUGAUAACCUCCUAAAUUGUGUUGUGCAUGGAAGAGGAAAUGGAGCAGCACCUGGUCCAGGUUAUUUUAUGUACCCUUUGAAAUAGUCUUACUUAAUUUUUGUUUAAACGCAGAAAGGACAGAAAAAAUCCCCAUGGGUUCCAUUAAGAAUGUGAUCACUGAGGCAAUUGAAGAUCACGACGAUUAUCACAUGAUGGUAAGGAUUCUCCAAUGAAAUCUUUCUAUUUCUCUGUUACUACUCACCAGUGCUAGAUCAACUCUGGAAAUUUAAGGGACACUCUGGGUACCAUCACUGCUUUAAUUCCUUUAGAUUUCUCCUAAUUAAUAUGAUUUAUUUUCUCCACGAUCAAUUCUUUAUACACAAAUAACAUAAAUGUUUUGCACAGUGCUGCACCAUAAGCCAGACUCUUUAGCCACACCCUCUCACUUCAGAAAAUAAACUUCCUUAUCAUAUGUAUGUACAGAGCUAAGCCACUGAUGGAUAUGAACAACAAAACAUGCAUUAGAAGGAGAGGAAACUGAGGGAGUCAUAUAGUAAAGCUAUCACAACCUGUUUGUAGAUUCUCUGAAUGUCUAAAGCCAGACUGUGAUUUAAAGGCAGCUCACUCAGUUCUGUUUGAGCUGUGUACAUAACACUGAUAAAGUCUUUCUGGCGUGGGGGCUGAAGGCUUCUGGUGCAAUAUUCGGCAUAACUGUUUUUCACGAAACACUGGUUGUUGGAGUAACCCUUCCUGUGUUGGUCCAUCCCCUCCCCCUUAUUUUUAUUUAUUUAUUCCGCCAGAGCCUAGACCAAGUUCACCCCCAGCCUGAUCUUCCUCAACUGAUGUCAUUCAAUGUUAUUGGAGGGGGAGGGAGUAUGGAAUGAGGGGAGAACAAUGAUGGCACAGGGAGGUGUUGUCUGCUCACACCCAACUCUCGCCUUUGCAAGUCAACAUGUAAAAUGUCCCAUAUGACAGACUGAUACAAAGUCAAAAAGUUUUGCAACUAUAGAAAUGUGUGCUGGACAGAUUACUAGCAAACCUAUGCUUAAAAUGGCAUUUUGAUGUAGAUAUUUCAUGUCUGUACUGCCAACACUAUUGGCAUUUUUAGCAUCACGCACUGGAUAAUUCACAAAAGUUUAAAUUGUCAGGAAUUCAAAGUGCAUUUCAAAUUGUAGUUCAAAAUAGCAGAAUGUGAAUAAUUAUCCAAGUCAUCUGCGUUUUCAUAUCAGGUAUUUGAAAUAAAAUUUACCUUGAAUCCCCUGCACGCCACAGUUUAGUGAAUAACCUUGUCAGUGUAUUUAACUAAAUUCCCUGUUGUAAAAUCACAUAUUUCAGUGUUCUUUGCCUUUAUUCUGUACAGGCGUUCCAGCUGGGUCCUACUGAAGCAUCUUACUAUUGGGUUUACUGGGUUCCCGCACAGUAUGUGGAUGCCAUCAAAGACACAGUGUUAGGGAAAUGGCAGUAUUUUUGA